AUGUUUAACGUAUGUGUUUUAUGUAUGUAUGUGAUGGGCGAAUUGGAUUCGUGUUAUUACUGCUUAUUCGCAACACCGGAUUCCGCCAACGCAACCGCCAAAAUGGAAGCUUAUCACUGUAAAGACUGUGAUUUUAAGACGGAAGUGACACUUGUGUUUGAACAACACAUUAGUGAACAUCACGGCCCUAGCAGAGAAUCUAGAGAGGAAACACCUAGUGAAGAAACAUCUAGUUACGCAGCAUCUAGUGAGGAUUCCAGCAUAGGAAACUACGUUGGCGCAACAUAUUGCUUUGAGCCAAAUCUGUCGUUAAAGUCGGUUCAGCAUACUUCAGCAUCCACGGGAACGGAAGAAAAUCUUCAAAGUGUGAGUUCUUUGAAAGAGAGUGCCACAUACAAUUCUGACUUCAAGCAAACUGACGAAAUACCUUUGUAUUAUUGCGCUGAAUGUUCCUACAGAUCUAAACUCAAGGAAUCUUUAAAAUAUCACAUUGAAAUUAGCCAUGCCAAAAAACAGUAUGCUUGCGAUAAGUGUCCGUACAAAAGUAAACAUAAAUUUUAUUUAAAAGCCCACAUAAACAACAUACACUUGAACGACGAAGACGCUAAAUGGUUCAGAUGCAAUAAGUGUGAUUUCAAAACUAAGCGUGGAACAACUUUAAAAACCCACGUAAUUGUCAAGCAUCUAGACGACUCAGAAAUUAAGUGGUACGAAUGUGGAAGCUGUUCAUACAAAAAAUGCACGGGAACGAAAGAAAAUCUUCAAAAUGUGAGUUCUUUGAAAGAGGGUGCUACAUACAAUUCCAACUCCGAGCAAACUGACGAAGUACAUUGGUUUUAUUGCGCCAAAUGCUCCUACAAAGCUCGUCUAGGGAAUUUCUGGGUAGUAAACCAGACCUGUUUAUCUGGUGUAGGUGCAACCACAUGGUAA